CUUCUCUCUGGCUGGUGCCCCAUGCCAGUGUCCAAUGGCCCUGUCUAUCGAAUAUGCAGUCCAGGCUUAGAACUGUCGCUGUACACUGUGCUUUGUGGAUGACAUGAAGCUGGGAGGGAUAGUUACUAUGAUGGAGAAUGGAAUCGAGAGACCAAAAGAUCACCAUAGGCUGGAACAAUGGGCCACAGCUGAGAAGAUGGCAUUUAGAUUUACAUUUAAGGGGCAAAGUGUUAUUCUUCUGGAAACAGGAAAAGCUUCUUUUCUGGCUUGUUAGAAAAUAUCAAACAAGAAUUAGCAAAAAACAAGGAAAUGAAAGAAAGUAUUAAAAAAUUCAGAGACGAAGCUAAGAAGUUAGAAGAAUCAGAUGCCCUUCAGGAAGCAAGAAGGAAAUAUAAAACCAUCGAGUCUGAAACAGUCAAAACAUCUGAAGUAAUUAGAAAAAAAAUUGGAGCAUUCACUGGUUCAGUAAAAGAGAGUUUGGGUGAAGUAAGUAAAAGUGACCUUGGCCGAAAAAUUCUAGAAGGCAUGGAAGAAGCAGCAAAAACAGCUAAGCAGUCUGCAGAGUCAGUAUCCAGAGGUGGGGAGAAGCUAGGCAAAACAGCUGCUUUCAAAGCCAUUUCUCAGGGAGUUGAAACUGUGAAGAAAGAAUUAGAUCAAAGUGUCCUGGGGCAUACAGUCCCCUACCGAAGGCCAGAGAGACUUCGAAAACGGACUGAGUUUGCUGGAGAGAAAAUCAAAGAGGAUAAAGUAUUUGAACCCAAUGAGGAAGCAAUGGGAGUUGUACUGCACAAGGAUUCAAAAUGGUAUCAACAGUGGAAAGAUUUCAAGGACAACAAUGUCGUCUUUAACAGAUUCUUUGAGAUGAAGAUGAAAUAUGAUGAAAGUGAUAAUACACUCAUCCGGGUAUCUCGAGCAGUAACAGACAAGAUAACUGACUUAGUAGGUGGCUUGUUCUCAAAGACGGAGAUGUCUGAAGUUCUCACUGAAAUCCUCAAAGUGGAUCCAACUUUUGACAAAGAUAAAUUUCUGCAGCAAUGUGAGCGUGAUAUCAUCCCCAAUGUCCUAGAGGCCAUGAUAACUGGAGAACUGGAUAUCCUCAAAGACUGGUGCUAUGAAGCAACUUACAGCCAGUUGGCUCAUCCCAUCCACCAAGCUAAAUCCAUGGGCCUGCAGUUCCAUUCCAGGAUUCUGGAUAUCAGCAAUGUUGAUUUGGCAAUGGGAAAGAUGAUGGAACAAGGACCGGUACUAAUUAUCACGUUCCAGGCACAGCUGGUGAUGGUGAUCAAGAACUCCAAGGGAGACGUGGUAGAAGGAGACCCGGAUAAAGUGUUGCGAAUGCUGUAUGUGUGGGCCCUCUGUAGAGACCAGACUGAGCUCAACCCCUAUGCAGCUUGGAGGCUGCUGGACAUUUCUGCCUCAAGCACAGAGCAGAUUCUCUGAAGACAACUGUUGGGGACCUGCUGGACUGUGCUCUGUCGCUCUCCCAGCGAGGGCCCUCCUACUGUCAGAAGUUUCAGGAUGCAAAGAACAUUUGGCUCCUGCUGGGUACCCUGAAACACUCCCCUCCCCCCCUUUUCAGGAUCCAGUGUGACAUGAAGGGGAAGACUGGGUUCUGGAUAAGAUAAAAUGUCCCCUCAGGGAAUGCAGUUGGCUAGGGAAGGGGUGUUGGGGACAUGGUGACUAUGAGCAGGGUAACUCAUGGGGCCUCAGGUUUAUAGGGUUAACUGUCACAGAAGGCCUCCCCCUCCCACAAGAAGCUUGAAGCCUGAUACACUGUUCCCUCUUGUCUUUCCUACUUUGGACCCAAUAGGUGGGUCCAGGAAGCACCUCUGCCUUGACCUAGAGACCUUUCCUCCUUCCCUUCCUCCUGUCCCCUUCCCAGCCACAGGCUGGUUGGUUAGUGCUGAGAGAAGCCAAAUCUGGGUGCCAAAAGUCCUGCAGCAGCUCAGGGGCCGAACACCCAAAAGCAAAAUGCUGGAAUGAACUGAGUUCGCUGAACAUAAAGCUUGUUGAGACAGUUGGGAGAGGCCUGUUGGGGGCAGUGAGGAAAGAGUGAAACACAAGCCCCUAUGAGGAGGCAGAGAGGAGCAGCCUUAGCCAUCCCUCCCUGGUCCUGUGCAGAGGGUGGGAAGAGGGUUAGAAGGGAAAGACUGGCACCUCACUACCCACACACAUAUAUAAUACAAUCCCUGGCAGCCUGCCUUCAAGGGUCCUGGAGGGGCUGAGGUUGGCACUGGGGCCUCCUCUCUCUGGCCUCAGUUAUCCCCUCGUCUUCUCUGGUGACGGGUGAUAAAUGUUCUGGUGGGUGGGGUGCGCUUCCCCCUAGGUGCCUCCAUCUCUGGCAUCAGAUCUGCCAAGUCAUUCUAGGGCCUUUAAAAAAAUAAAACCUGAAUGUCUUUCAUUCCUGUACAUACUGCCUGAAGAUUUGAAAAUAUUAAAAUACCAAAAUGAAUAGCAAA